UACGCGGACGUGUUCACUUUCUCCAUAGUAUGAAAUUAAAUCAAUAACUUUAAAUUGUUUUAUGCAGUUUAAGCAAAUUAGAACUUAAUGAAGUGCUUGUUGUGGAACAAUUCAAGUGUUAUACGUAUAUUCGUACAAAAAUGAAAUAAAACAAGACUAUAUUAAAGAAUAUUGUGUUCUGUGGGCGGAAAAUGUCUAAUCCAGGCACCAGCCCAUUUAGCCGUAGCCAGCUGCUGAGACGAAGUCCACCACCAACACCGACUCAAGAAUCUCUUCCUCCUGAGCCCAAACCUAAUGUUUCCGAGGAGCCUAUCCUUCUCCGGGAUAUGAUCCCUACUGAAGAUAUUUUAAAAUGGACCAGACACAUGGACUCUAUCCUAGCCGAAGUCUGUACUAUCGUGUCAGACGGGAAGAUGAAUUCAGAACAAAAGACCAAAGUGCAAAACCUUUGCCGUAAUGCCCUAAAAGGCACAUCUGAGAUGGCUGUUGCUUAUCAGGCCUUGAAACAAAAAGCACUUCUAGCGCACUCUACUAUCCAAAACCUUAGAGAACAACAAACCCUUGCACAGUCCCUACAACAGUUCCAAGCCAAAAUUUCUAGCUCAUUUAAAGCAAAUGAAACUAGUUCAUAUGCAAAUGUCGUGAAAAAGGGUGCAGAUAACUAUGUGCGGCCACAAAACUUGAGCUCUGUGGCUAUCUAUCCUAGUGACAAGACCAAAACAAGUGACGACACUAAAUCACUCGUUCAAAAAAUUAUCUCGCCUGAAGUCAUGAAGUUGCAUGUUCGUAGUGUGAGGAAAAUUCGAGAUGGUGGUGUUAUAAUAAGCACCGAAAAUAAAGCGGACAUUGAUAAACUAAAAAAUGCAGAGAAAUUAGUUUCAUCGGGCCUCACUGUACAGGAGCCGGCGAAACGACGACCGAAGAUUGCCGUGAUUGGUGUACCCUCAGCGUUAUCAGAAAAGGAAGUUCUAGACUGUAUCUACGAGCAAAACCUCUCCGAUAAAAUGCCCAAUUCCCCACGUGAGCCCACAUUGGCUACCAUAAAACUUAGCCAUAAAUCGGGCAAGAAAAAUCUCUCGACCUGUAAUUACGUGCUAGAGGUGCCACCAAGCAUACGUAAAAUUUUGCUAGGCCAAGGUCGACUUUUUAUAAAUUGGACCUCUUGUGCCGUCCGGGACUACACUAUAGUUACGAGAUGUUUUAAUUGCCAGCAGUUUGGACAUGCAGCAAAGUACUGCCGUGAAACGAGCCCUACCUGCCACCUCUGCGGUGACUCUGGUCACUCCUUCAAGGAAUGCAGCAACAAAGCUGCACCUCCAAAAUGCGCGACAUGUAAACGUUUCAAAAGAAAAAGCGACCACUCGACUGGUGACAUGAUGCUGUUUUUGAUGGCGAUAUUAUUCGCUUUUACUGAAGCAGGUGUAAUAGAUAAAGUAGUAAACUGCAUUGUUAUUGGCAAUGUUAAUUAUGAACGAGAAGUCUUGGUAACUAAUGUCGAAAGUCCGUAUCAGUUGGUGAUCGACCAUGACACUAACACUCUCUUCUUCAGCUACACCGCACGAAGCGACGAAGUUUUCAAAUCAGCUUUCAUCAAUUUAAAAACAAAUGAAUUCAACGUCAUCCCUGGUAUCCAUGGAGGUUUUGCAAAUGCUGUUAAUAAUCAAGCUCAUAUUGUUUAUCUGGGCGGACAAGAUGGUGUCUAUCAAUUUGACUAUAAAACGAAAAAUGCUACAAAACUAAAUAUUACGCAAGAUAAUAUUUGGCAAAUGUUUUACAAGAACGGACUAUAUUUCACAACUUAUCCUGAAGAGAAAGCAUAUGUGUAUAAAGGCGAUAAAUUAGAAGAAGUUGCAGAAGUGAAAGAUCACAGGGUAAUGGUGAUUGGAGUUAAUAAUGAUGGCAACACCGUGUACACUAAUUCUUCUGGAAUAUUCUUUUAUGACAAAGAAUUAAAAAAAUCUACUCUUCUUAGUUUUCACGUAGCUAAUGCUAUUACAAGCGAUUUGGUAGGUAAUUUGUAUAUUUCAACUGCAACUGGAAUUUAUUCUGUAAAUGGUAGAAGUAGAAGUCUUAAAGAGCUUGUUAAAAUAGACAAUAUCUAUGGAGUUGCUAUGGAAAGCAAUGAAAACAUUAUAUACUCGUCCGAAAAUAGUAUAAUUAGACUGAAACCUUCGAAUAAAGUGUGUAUCGAUGAAACAAUGUUUGCGAAAAACGUAGUUGAAUUAGAUUCGUAAGUAAAAUUUGAUUUAAACAACAAAACUUUGAUGACUUUAUUAGUUAUAAACUAAAAUUAAAUUAAAAAUGGUAUGAUGCAUGAAUGUAGAUAUUUAAGAUUUCUUUAUUUCACAAACAAAUACAUUAUAGAGGUAUUAUAAUAUUAUUUGGGUUUCAAUUAGAGUAUUAAUUUCAGUAGCCGAAUCGCAGUACAAAUUAUUAUGAAAAAUCGUUGAUACAUAUGUAAUUCUGGAUUAAAAGAAUAAACUGUUAAACUAAU